UUGAUCACCAGGAGUGUACAAGUCCACAAGACCACCAAGUGAAAGUGCGACGAAGAACGACCGCGGUGCACAUGCGCAAUUGAGAGAAACGACCAUAUUAUAAGUAUAUAGCGGACCAGUUGCCACUUCUUGGUUAGUGACCGAUCCAGCAGUAUGGUUGCCAAAGGAGUUUGGCUGUGCUUUUUAUUGUUCGGCGCAUCUGUGUUUGCGCAAGAUGAUGGAGAGGGUGACGGUGAACCCACCGCAGACGAACUGUGCAAAGACAGACCAGCAGACGAGUAUUUCAGAUUGUCCACAGAUGGAGACUGCAGGGAUGUAGUAAGGUGCGAUUCUAAUAGUGAUAAUGGAGUUACCAGACUGGCUUCAGUCCGGUGUCCUACAGGUUUAGCGUUCGACAUCGAUCGUCAAACUUGCGAUUGGAGAACGAAUGUUAAAAAUUGUGAUAGAGUCGAGAAACCUAGAAAAGUGCUUCCCAUUUUGAAAACCGACGAACCAGUCUGUCCAGAAAACAAGCUCUCAUGCGGUAACGGAGAGUGCGUAGACAAAGAACUUUUCUGUAACGGAAAACCCGACUGCAAAGACGAAUCUGAUGAAAACGCUUGCUCCGUCGAAACUGAUCCCAACAGAGCCCCAGACUGUGACACCACUCAGUGCGUGCUUCCAGAUUGUUUCUGUUCUGCUGAUGGUACCAGAAUCCCCGGUGCUCUGGAACCCGCUAACGUUCCCCAAAUGAUCACCAUCACCUUUAACGGAGCCGUUAACGUAGACAACAUUGACUUAUAUGACGAAAUAUUUAACGGACAAAGAAACAACCCUAACGGUUGUCAGAUCAGAGGAACAUUCUUUGUUUCCCAUAAAUACACCAACUACUCUGCCGUACAAGAAUUACACAGAAAAGGACACGAAAUCGCUGUAUUCUCGCUGACUCAUAAAGAAGACCCCAACUAUUGGACUCAAGGUUCUUAUGAUGACUGGUUAGCUGAGAUGGCUGGAGCCAGGCUUAUUAUCGAACGUUUCUCGAACAUCACUGAUGGCUCCAUUAUUGGGGUACGUGCUCCUUACUUAAGAGUAGGAGGAAACAAACAAUUUGAGAUGAUGGCUGACCAGUUCUUUGUCUACGACGCAUCUAUCACCGCUUCUCUGGGACGUGUCCCCAUCUGGCCCUACACUUUAUACUUCAGAAUGCCACACAAGUGUAACGGAAAUGCCCACAACUGCCCAUCCAGAUCCCACCCAGUAUGGGAGAUUGUCAUGAACGAAUUGGACAGACGUGACGACCCAACUUUCGACGAAUCUCUUCCUGGUUGUCAUAUGGUUGACUCAUGCUCCAAUAUCCAGUCUGGUGAACAGUUUGGCAGACUAUUGAGACACAACUUCAACCGUCACAUCAACAGUAACCGUGCCCCAUUGGGUCUUCACUUCCACGCUUCCUGGUUGAAGAGCAAGAAAGAAUACAAAGAAGAACUUAUCAAGUUUAUCGAAGAAAUGUUGGCCAGGAAUGACGUUUACUUUGUAACCAACUUGCAAGUUAUCCAAUGGAUGCAGAACCCUACUGAACUCAACGGUCUGCGUGACUUCCAAGAAUGGAAGGAGAAAUGUGAUAUUAAGGGUCAACCUUACUGUUCUCUUCCCAACUCUUGUGCUUUGAAUACCAGAGAACUUCCCGGCGAAACUCUCCGUUUGUUCACGUGUAUGGAAUGCCCGAAUAACUACCCAUGGAUAUUGGACCCCACCGGAGACGGUUUCUCCGCUAGGAAGUAGAUUAUUUAUUAAAUUAUCUUCUUAGGAAUUAAUUUAAAAGACUUUGUAUAUAGUUAAUAUAAUUUCCUAUCUUUAUACCUUCGUUGACGCAGUAAACGUAGAAACUUGCCAAAAGAUUGUUUCUGCUAUGAUUUUCAGAUGAUAAGAGGUCAAUGUUGUAAUUUUGAUACAAAACACUUUUGUUAAAAAAAUAAAAUUUCUAAAAAAAUA